AUGCUUAUUCCUACAGAACCUACGCCCAACUUGGUUAUUGUCAAGAAUGUGGCGCCAUCCACGUCCGAAAAGAUGUUGACAGAUUUCUUUUCGUUUUGUGGCAGAAUCGAUGACUUUGCACUAAACGAGGACGCAACAGCGUUCAUUAUGUUUGAGCGUCCGUCUGCUGCAAAGACAGCCAUUCUAUUGAACAAUGCAACCGUAAAUGGUAACGAGCUUGCAAUCGAACCGUACUUUAAAGAUGCAGCAGCUACUGCUGGUGAAGAGCCUAGUCAAGAACAAGUAGCAGAGCAACAGCAACAACAACGGCAAGAAAGCAAGACCAAGUCAGGCAUUAUGGCUGAAAUCCUGGGUGCUGGCUACAAAUUGACAGAUCCCAUUCUUCAAGCGGCAACUGACUUUGACAAGAGAUAUGGCGUAUGGAGUCGUGUGGAGCCUUAUUGGAAUCAAGUCGAUCAAAAGAUGCGGGUCGGAGACAAGGUCCAGUCUUUGGAAGACACGGCAGACCACUGGCUCAAGGAGACACCCAUGGGUCAAAAAGUUCAAAAUCAUCUGGUGGAACCCAUUGCUUCGGUACAUUCAGAGGCAAAGCGAAUUGCGAACCAGCAAGAAAGUGGUGGUGCUAGCGGUGACGGUGGCAAUAGGGCAGCAGGCCGAUGA